AGUGCAUUGAUUGAUUGAAUAAUAAUCGGAUCGGCUGAAAAUUUUGAAAUUGGGAUUCUAGGGUAAAUUUUGAAAUCGAAUCUGCUAGGGUUUAUCAUCAUCAUCUAAAGAGAAUGGGGAACUGUUUAACUGGAGAUGUGGCUGGGGGCAAACAAGCCAUCGGAGGGGUCCAGCAGAGGCCCACAUCCACCAACAAUGCGGGGCAAAACGACGCCGUCGAUUUCUUCUUCAGAUCUCGUGGUCAAUAUCCUCUCUUCUCACAGAUUGAGUUGUCUUUGUCGGCUUCAGACUUGAUUGACCGUGACAUCACAUCUAAGAGUGACCCAAUGGCUGUCAUGUAUUUGAGGAAGAAGGAUGGGAAGCUUGAGGAAAUUGGCCGCACUGAAGUCAUACUCAAUAGCUUGAAUCCAAACUGGAUUGAGAAGAUAACAGUAUCUUUUCAGUUCGAAACUGUUCAGACAUUAGUUUUUCACGUGUUUGACGUUGAUACCAGAUAUCACAAUGUGCCAGUGAAGGUAAUAGAGUUCAUCAAUUGCUUUUUGAUUAUGAACGUUAACACCUCAAUUAUUGUAUCAACAUAUUUUAAACCUCUGCAGACGUUAAAGCUGAAGGAGCAGGAUUACUUGGGAGAAGCCACAUGUGUUCUAUCCGAGGUUAUGACCAAACCCAACCGGUCCAUGACAUUAAACCUUCACGGUAAUUUCGGGGCUGGUGUGAGUAGAAAGUUGGGAACACUCUCCGUCCAAGCCGAAGAGACCAUUGCUUCCAAAACCGUCGUCGAGAUGAAUCUUCGCUCUGUCAAUUUGGAUAACAAGGACUUGUUCUCUAAGAGUGAUCCGUUUUUAAGAAUCUCAAGGUUGGUUGAGAACAGUAUAGUAGUUCCGGUAUGUCGGACUGAGGUGGUUGACAACAACCUCAACCCAAUUUGGAAGCCUGUAUGCUUGACUAUGCAACAAUUUGGAAGCAAAGAUACCCCAUUGCUUAUCGAGUGUUUAGAUUUCAAUACCAGUGGGAAUCAUGAGCUUAUUGGGAGGACAGAGAAAUCAGUAGCAGAAUUAGAGAGACUUUGUCAACAAAGAGAGGCUAUAAACUUUGUGUAUCCAUCUACAAGUCACGGUCGCAACAAGGUUCUGAAAGGACAGCUCAUUGUGGAUCGUUUUGUGGAGAAAGUUCAAUACAGCUUUCUUGACUACAUCUCCAGCGGAUUUGAACUUAAUUUCAUGGUUGCAGUUGACUUCACUGCUUCAAAUGGUGAUCCUCGUACUCCAAGUUCUUUGCACUACAAUGAUCCAUCAGGCAGAUUAAACUCUUAUCAGAAGGCUAUAGUGGAAGUAGGAGAGGUCAUCCAGUUUUAUGAUUCCGAUAGGCGUUUUCCUGCUUGGGGUUUUGGAGGAAGAACAGCGGAUGGUCACGUGUCACAUGCUUUUAACUUGAAUGGAGCUUCAUAUGGCGAUGAGGUUGUUGGAGUUGAAGGAAUCAUGUCAGCUUAUUCAAGUGCCCUUGCAAAUGUUGCUCUAGCGGGACCAACUCUGUUCAGCCACGUGGUCGACAAGGCUGCUCAUAUUGCUUCACAGUCGCUCUCACAAAACAGUCCCAAGUACUUUGUUCUCCUAAUCAUUACGGAUGGAGUCUUGACAGACAUGGCUGGUACAAUAGAUGCAUUGGUGAGAGCUUCUGAUCUCCCAUUGUCAGUUCUCAUCGUGGGUGUGGGAAACACAGACUUCACACAGAUGGAGAUUCUUGAUGCUGACAAAGGUCGCCGGUUAGAGAGUUCUACUGGUCGAGUAGCCACACGAGACAUUGUUCAGUUUGUGCCUAUGAAAGAUGUCCACAGUGGACAAGUGUCGGUGGUGCAAGCACUUCUAGAAGAACUUCCCGGCCAGUUUCUGAGUUAUGUCCGUUGCAGAAAUAUUAAUCCGGUCGGCGCUCCUGCGAUUUGAGCUUAACCAGUAGCCUCUCUUUAGAUUUCAUCUUCUAUUUUCGCAUUUAAUUGUCACUUUGGGUUGGAAAAACAAAUUUGGAUUUGCUAGGAAAAUGUAGAUACUUGGAAUUUAUAUAAUUGCCUUCAACAAAAUUUCAUAACGAUUUCGUU